AUGGAGAUCAGUUUGCGACUUCUCUUUCAAGGAUGCAAUCCUUCGAAAUUCGUUGUCUACUUCAUGCUGUUGGCUUUUACUCUCCUGUUUGCUCUAAAAAUUGAUAACUUCAUCGAUGCUCCCUACUGGAUUGUGUUUCUUCCUCUUUUCGCCUGGAAAUUGCUCUUGAUGCUUGGAACCAUCGUUGGCUGCAUUAGUCAUUGCAAAUAUCCGCCAGGCCGAAACGAGCUGUUCCUGGAAUUGGAGUUUCGCAGUAUGAUCUUAAUGUUUGGCGAAAACAUGCUGUUGCUGACUUUCGAAGUUAUGGUCUGCUUCAAAUUGCAGUCUGAUUUGCCCAUGCUCUGGAUUCUAAUUUUUAUUCCAUUGCUGUUGGAAUCCCUUAUUGCGAUUUUGAUCUGUAUAUGGCUUCUGCGAAGAGAGCGCAGUUUUGAGUUCGAACUAUUUUUUGCUGUGAAUAUCGUGCAAUUUGUGUUUUUGGCCUUGAAGCUUGACGGAAUGGUCAACUGGACUUGGAUGGUAGUUUUUAUUCCGUUUUGGAUAUUGAUCUGCUUGGUUCUCAUCGGAGUUCUUUACGCAGCAGUGCUAGCUGUGCUACUAAUCCGGUCGAUCGAUCUAAUGCCUGAGUAUCGACGCCAAUACGUGUAUUCCGCCAUUGGCUGCGCUUUCCUAGUUGUUCCUACUGUAAUAUUUUUGGUACUGCUGUCGAACAAGUUGGAUGGAGACAGCUCUCUGCCAUACGUGUUGACUUCCUUACCCUUGUACAUCUCAUUAAUCUGCCUGAUUUUUACAUCGUUUGCGUCCGGAGGAGGAAACCAGUGGUGGUUUGGAAUGCGAAGAGAUUUCUUUGAACUCCUGCUCGACACGUGUCCUUGUCUUCGAGAAUACGGUAAUGUAUCAUACAACCUGAGGAAAAAUGAAGCAGCCUCACGUCACGAUGAGAUCUUGGACGUCGAACGCUGUUCGUCACGAUACAGCCGUGAGCUUCGACCCGUUGUCCCCCUGAUUUCUAUAGAGCAACCUGAUUGA